CUUUCCAUAAAAAGGGGUUAAUGAAUGCAGAAUAUUCUUAUUUAUAAAGAGAAGCAACGGCCGAUGAAAUCUCAAACUCGACACAUAGUCGUUUCGAAUAUGUCCUCUUUAAAAGCACUUACUGUAAUGUCAUUGAUGGUCUUUGUUUCCUGCAAUAAUGGGCAAAAUAACAACAGAACCGUAACAGGGGUUUCUCCACCCUCUAUCCAACAACUUCUUCUGAAUCAAGAGACACUGAUAAGAAUUGAACUAGAGAAGAAACUAAGAAGUGUAGAAGAGGAUAUGGCAGUUUUAAAGAAAGACAAUGAGGACAUACGAAAGGAAAUAGCUGAAACCAUAAGGAUCGGAGCUAAAGAGAUCGCCGACCUUAAAUUGAGUGUGAGCGAAAACACUGCAUCAAUGAACUCAAUAAACGAAUUAGUUGAUACAAAAUUUGCAAGUCUAAUGGCAAAUCAAACGGACAAUUCAAACCAAAUUGCUUUCGAGGCACAAAUUUCAUCUGCACCGGGCAUGGAAUUCACAGGUUCUAGUGGUUCUGUAAUAAGAUUUGAUCGCGUCAACCUUAAUGUCGGUAAUGCCUAUGACAGUACUACGGGCAAGUUCACAGUGCCCACAGAUGGACUCUACUUCUUCGGUUGGCAUAUACUACCUAGCUACCAGACGAUCACUACCACGAGUUUAACGGUAAACAGAGUUCCAAAAUCACUAAAUCAUUGCGAUACAAAGAGAAGUCUUGGACAACAACCGUGCAGUAAAAUGUCUGUUAUCCGGUUGGCUAUGGGGGAUCAAGUUUGGAUAAGCUAUCCUAGUAGAGGAGACAACAAAUCAAAAGCACCUUACUCCAUCUUCUGUGGUUUCAAAAUUUGAGAAGGAUGGUUUUUGUAACUUUGUCUUCCAAAUAACUUUCCUAGACUGCAAGAAUGUAAGAAUUUCGUAUAAUUGAUUCUUUGGACUUUUUCAUGUAACCUAUAUUAUAUGCUAUAAUUUCUAACAAAGUCGAGACAUAAAUGUUUAUCUAUAUACCUGCCAUUUAUAAUUAACAAUUAGUGAAAAA